GUCCGGAGCUGACAACGGUCCAUUCAAAAUUUCAGCAACUCCAAGAAGAAGAGUUACCAUCAGCUCACUAUGCUUUAUAUCUGGAUAUGCCUGUUCCUGGGGCUUGCAGCCGCUGCUCCUUCGUAUGAUGAUGAUGAUAAGAUUAUUAAUGGCUAUGAGUGUGCCCGUUAUUCCCAACCUUGGCAGGUAUAUUUCACCGUUCUUGGAGACCAAUGGUGUGGUGGAUCCCUAAUCUCAUCACGGUGGAUCAUAUCUGCAGCACAUUGCUAUCAGCCGCCCCAGUACCUAACUGCUCACCUUGGGGAACAUGAUGUUAGUAAACAAGAGGGGACAGAACAGCGUAUCCGGGUGGAAAAGGCUAUAAAGUACUCCAGCUACAACUCUAAAACCUUAGAUUAUGAUUUCAUGCUGGUCAAACUAGCUGAGCCUGCCCAGUUCAAUCAGUAUGUUCAACCAAUCCCAAUAGCCACAUCCUGUCCAACGGUGGGAAGUCAGUGCCUGGUGUCAGGCUGGGGGAACACAAGAAUCAUUGGAGUGCAAUAUGCUACAAAUUUACAAUGUCUUGAUCUCCCGGUUUUGUCCGACUCCAGCUGUAAAGCUUCCUAUCCAAACCAGAUCACUACAAAUAUGUUUUGUGCUGGUUACAUGGAAGGUGGCAAAGACUCAUGCCAGGGGGAUUCUGGUGGACCACUGGUCUGCAAUGGAGAGCUGUACGGAGUGGUCUCCUGGGGUAAAAACUGUGCAGAACGUGGAUUUCCUGGUGUCUACAACAAAGUCUGCAUCUAUUCUAACUGGAUUAAGAACAUUAUGGAGAGUAACUAAAGCCUAUAUUACACCAAAGCAAACAUAAAAUAAAGCAUAGUACAUGUUCACAGCA